AUGGCUGACCGACCAAAUGAUCCACCCCACCAAACUGGGGCUCGCAGUCGUGAGCGCCUGGGCACACUGGCUGGUGGCCUGCAUUUUAGAGGGAUACUUGCGUCGAACACGCACCUCACUGUGGAUGCAGCACAGUUGCGGGAUGUUCGUCUGGAUCCGGGCAGGGCUGCAGAGCAGCAGCGGGACACGGCUGCACGAGCUGCUGCCCGUCAAAACCCGCAGUACAGGGCUGCGGAGCAGCAGCGGGACACAGCUGCACGAGCUGCUGCCCGUCAAGACCCGGCUUACAGGGCUGCGGAGCAACUGCGCCGCCGAAAUCCGGAGUGCAGGGCUGCAGAACAGCAGCGUAACACCGCUGCACACGCACAGGCCCGUGAUCAGGUGCAUGCAAUACAGCUUCCGCAGGCCAGCUUGCUUGAGCGUUUGCGGGACCUCAUGCGGUUUCCCUGCUUGCACGAGGGCCACCGCCCUGCACUGCCUGAUUUUCUGGAGGCCAUUCCGGAAGGGUGCGUGCAGGAUUUGCCCCACGGUGAACUCCCGGUGGAGCGGCAGUGUUCGGAAGACCAGUCAGCACUUCGUGCCUGGGUGGACAUUCCCAACGUGGACAUUUUACGUGCCGACAUCAUGUGCACUGCUGCCGUGCCGCGUCAUGCACAUACCCUGGCUUGGCGGCGCAUGCCCUGCACUGCCCAAGCUCGGUAUCGUAUCAGCAGAUCCGAGCGUGGCAGUAGUGGUGGCGCCGGCACUGACGCCGAUCCAGCGGCAUUCGUGGAUGAAGAUGCGUUGGCGGUUGACAGUGAUGGUGCAGGUCAUGGGGCUAAUGAGCCGGAUUCACCGGCAGGUACUGCAGUGGACACAGCCCCGGUGCAGGUGCCACCGGAAUUGCAGCCAUACCCACCACGGGUGCAGCCACGACCUUGCCUCGAGGAUCCACGGAGUGUGGAGGUGCCAUUCUGCAUGCGCCUUGAUGCGGACUUGCCAAACCGGACCAUGUUCCGUGACGAUGCUGGCCCUGACCGAUUCACUAUCUGCACCUCUUGCGAGAAGGCACUGACGGCACGCCGAGUGCCUGAAGCGGCUCUGGCGCGAAUCGAUCCAGGCGACGUGCCAUCUACAAAUCACCUGGGCGACCCGUUGCCUGCACCCACGUUUGUGGAGAGUCAGCUGUUGGGCCGGGGCCGUCUCAUGCAGCAGCUAAUGAUUGUGCAUCUCGCGGGCCGCCCCCCCGAGGUGUUGCCGUGUGCCGUUCAGUCACAUGGCAUUGCAGUCGUAAACCCCGACCCCAAUAUGCUACGAGGCCAGCUGCCCGCACGUGUUGCGGAUUUGGCAGGCGCCUUCACGGUGGUGUGCGUGGAUCAAGUCCGAGACCGACAGGACUUGCUGGAUCGCGUCCGCCGUGCACCAGGCCUGAAAGUUCGAGGCAACGUCAUCGUCGCCUGGGUGCGUUUCCUUCAGCAUAAUGACGAGGAUGAAGGUGCGGUGGACGAAGAAGCUCUACAGGAGUAUGAGCGUAUGGGAUGUGUUGCACGAGUACCAGAGGCACUGCUGCACUCCGCAAUCGGUCCUACGGAUCCAGAAGUCGCUGGUGUACUGCGGAGUACGUUCCUGCACGACCGUACCGGCGCUGCUGGUGUACGACAGCUGCAGGAGACGUUGCAAGGAAACGUUGCUGGUGAGAUCAUUCAGGGCGGUGGCGCUUAUGGAUCACCGCUUGAUACAGGUCCUGACGGGCCCACGGCCGGAACAACUGCCUCUGACACUCGUAUGGCAGCUGAUGCCGAUCUGGGCGUUCCGAAUGAACUGGAGGUGGUCCUUCCGCAACCAGCUCCUGUUCCGACGGACGGCAGCGACUUUGAUAACCGGCCCAAUGUGGUGCAUGACCUGCUCACCGGGCGUGCACGUCUCGCAUUCGCUGCUGGCGGCCGUGGCGCUCAGGUCCUGGAUGACCGCCACCCAGCCAUCCUUAACGUCUGCUUCCCGGUCUCGUUUCCAUAUGGUUUGUCCGGACAGCGGCCACCGGGUAUGUCGUUCGCCUCAUAUUGCAGCCACCUUGUACGGCGGGUGCCACGGUCACAGUUCAGCAGCAACUUAAUGCUGCUUGCCCGAAUGUAUGAUAUCAGCGUGCGGCAACAAAGCAUGGCGCAGGUAGGAGUGGCCCUGCGCAUGCGACCACGACUGGGUGGACCAGCGGCACGGGUACCGAGGGAUGUGGUACGCACCAUGGCGGACAUCUUGGUGCUGCCAUACCGUCACGCCCAGCGACGGCAGCUGCUGUCGCAGCAGUCGCCCGUGGUGCGUGCCCUCCUGGAUGGCGCACGUGCCAGCCUCCUGCAAAUCGACCUUACAGAUACCUACUAUAAUGGUGCAAAGGCCAUGAUGCGUGCGGCUGCCCUUACCAUCGGCUGGCCACCAUUGUUCUUCAAUCUCAACCCGGCGGACAUGCAUGCUGGCUGCGCUGUUGUAGCCUCUGGUCAGCUUAUAGAGUUCGACGACGCCGGUCGUCCGACCCAGAUCAGCAGCACGGUGGACAAGUGGCGCCGCGUCAAAGAAGACCCGCACAGCUGCGCGGCACUGCUCAUCGCCACAAAAGAGGUGUUGGUGGAGCAGUUGUUUGGCUUUGCACCUGGAGCAAUGCGGCAGACUGACCCUAACUGCUUCUGUGGGGUCGUAUUCGAGGUAGUCGUCAAGGUUGAACAGAGCGGGCGAUUGGCGCUACACUUGCAUGGAGUCGCACACCUCGAGUGCUUCGCACUGGACAACCUUCAGGCGUUAUUCUGUGGACCCAACUGCCGAGCUCUGGCGCUUGCAUACGCGCUGUGCGAAAUGUGGUACCCCUCGCCAUACUAUGCUCCGACACCGGACAGUGGGACACAGCCUCUGGUCAUGGGUAUGUCUGAUGCGGAAGCGCAGCAGCACGGUCUACCCGUGCCAGCACCCGCCAUUGACCGCGCCCGUGACGCCGCGUACUACAGCUCUAAGUACACUGCAAAGACGAUUGAACGCAGCCAGGCGCACCUCACAUGUGCCGCCGUGGGCCGUGUACAGGACUUCAUGAUGGCAGGUCACCGACCCAGCGCCACCGGUGAUGGACCCAGCACGUUCGGCAACCUGUGUACCGUGAUGCUCAUCAUGGGUCCUCCGGGCACGGGCAAGACUCAGUUCGUACACACUCUACUGUGGUACACGUAUCAGCAUGACAGUCCCGACUGGGCCGCCACAUGUGCAUACUCCUGGGCUGCCGCGAUCGCCUUCAACACCNCAGUACACCGCAGCCUAUCGACCCACUCCAUGUUCGGCAUCUCAGCCAGUCAAAGCGGCUCCCGUGGCGCCAACCUUCCCAAGCGCGGCGCCCACGCCGGCCUUCAGGUCAAGCGCAACGUCGGUGAUGGGGCCGUCCUCAUCGACGAAAUUGGCAUGCAAAGCCACGAGCACCUCGGCGCCAUCAGCCACUCCUGUACAGCCAAUGUGCCGCCUCCACCACACCUUGGACCCGCCCAUCCCAGCAGCCGUGUCUUGUCCGGUCGCGUUGCUGGCGGAAUCGGCGACCUGCUGCAGCAUCCUCAGCCAGGCGGGUCGCCGCCAUACCGCUACGCCGCCAAUGUCGAACAAAACCCCCAGUUCAGUCCCUCGGCACCGUCAGCACAGUGCCGGCCGGCCUCGGUUGACGAACGUGGAGGUGACCAUGCUGACGGCAGCAACAAUGACGGCACUGAUGCCGAUGACGACACCGGCAACCGUCGCGCCACCACCUCCACACGUCGCACUCAUCGCCCCGUGCCACAAACGCACACCCGCCUACACGACGGCUUCAACCUGUACCGUCAGCUCGGCGGCACCGUAUUCAUGCUGCAGAAACAGCAGCGGCAAGACAACAGCCCAUCUGGCCAGCAGCUUACCCGCUUCGCAACCAUGUUCGGCGGCAUUCAACCCACUGAAGCACGUGUUGCAGAUCUAGUAGACGCACUCAACCAACGCGUCAUCACAGAUUUGUCCGAUCUCACAGACCUCGAACCCCGUGUCGUGCUGCAACGGAACGAACCCAGGCACGCGCUCAACACACGCCUCCUGAUGCUCCAGGCGCGCCGCAAAGGAGCGCGUUUGGUCAGCUGGAACGCGGACCACGUCCCGGUUAGGCAACAUGGCGCAACCCAACAACAGCCGCUCUCCCACGUCGAAAAGGCUGUCGCAAUGCGAGUAAAAGACGCCACCUUCGACCACACCACCGCCGACACUUGGUACUACGAGGGUGCACGCUACACCCUACUCGACACCACUGCUGCCGACGCUGGCGCGUGCCACAACAAUGAAGUCGAGGCGUGUGGCCUGCUUACCGACAGCCGUGAACCGCCCGACGACGGCCGCGGCCCGUACUGGCGCCUCCACUACCUACCUGCAGCCGUCUUG